ACAAAACAUAAAUAUAAAAAAGAAUCGUAUGUAGAUAUCUUAAUCAACCACUAAUACGGUACUCCAUACGAUCUUUGAUAUCCAUUAUCCAUACCAGUCUACUAAUCAUGCCAUUGCCAACCCCGCAAAAUUAAAAUCAAAUCAAAGGGAGAUGGACAAGUUUGUCACUAACUAAUAACAAAAGGAGUAGGGGUCAAAACGAUAGAUAAGGUGGAGUGGAACCAAAGUGGAAGAUUGUGCUCGUGAAAUCAACAGGAAGACUCAGAAGACCCACCCCUUUUCAUAUCAUAUCUUUCCCUUUCUUCCGUUCUUCUUUGAACUUUCCUAAUCACAAAGGCGGGCUAAGGGCGACUCACCCCUUAAUUAAAUCUUCCAUUUUUAAAUCUUAACUUGAUUUUCAUAAUUUAUCUUUCUAUCAUCUUCCUCCUUUCUAUCUGUUGAGGUAAUCUUUGUCUCUUUCCUCUUUGCUUUUAUUAUCUUUAUUGUUGUUUUCCAUAACCAAUUUGAGUUUAUUUUAUUCAUUUUCCACCAUUUUAUACUUUAAUCUGAACUGGGUAUUAGCUAUAUAUGCUGAUUGUUUGAGAAAGUUAGUAUCUUGAAUUGGGUUUUUUGUCUCGGAUGUUCUUUUAUGGGUUAGGGUUUUGGAAUCUGUCCUGUUUCUUUUGAUUAUUGAUUGAUUUAGGAUUAUUUUGAUUUUAAUUUUUCAAGCAAGAAGAAUUUUUAUGGGUUCUCAAUAUGGGGAAUUUUCUGAUAGUUUUGUUAAUGAAAUUGGUAACCAACCUGUUAAUGGAAUGAUGUCCCGUGGAUAUGAUGAAUCUCUAAACUAUGCCAAUUUGUUCAAUUACAAAGACCCUUCUCAAGACCUAUCUUCCUUGAACCUCCCAAGCCCUUUAGCUAACCCAGAUGCACUCAACUUGAGCUUGUUUUCGGGGGCGAGCCAAGGGGGGGUUGAAUUAUCGGAUGAUAGUGAUUCGGAUGAUGUUCUUAAGUACAUUAGCCAGAUGCUUAUGGAAGAGGACAUGGAGCAGAAACCCUGUAUGUUCCAUGAUCCUUUAGCCCUUCAAGCUACUGAAAAACCUUUUUAUGAUGCAUUGGGUCAGAAAUACCCCCCUUCCCCUAAUCAACACCCUCUCAUUGAUCAUGGUGUGGAUAGCCCGGAUGACCGGCCUUGGAGCUCAUCUAGUGAUUCUAGUGGCAGCACUUGUAGUUCUAGUUCAAAUUCAACCAAUUAUGUGGAAACAACUAUGGUUACUGAUUUGAGUGAUCAUAGUAAGCCUUUGGUAAUUCAAUCUCAUCCGAUUAGAUCAUAUUCCCAGCCAUCAACUCUUUCUCAGUGGUCAUUUGGAUCAUCGAGUUCCUUUGGUGGAAGCACUUCUAAUGGUUCAACAUUGUCCGCUUUUGGUUUGCCAAUAGAUAUGAAUUUCUUUAGUGAGAAAGAAUCCAUAAUUCAGUUUCAGAAGGGGAUGGAGGAGGCUAGUAAGUUCCUUCCGAAAAACAAUAAUAUUGUCAUUGAUCUUGACAACAUUAACUUUUCUGAUGAAUCAAGGCAUGAUGCUUCAUUUGUGGUUGUUAAGAAGGAGAAGGAUGAAAAUUCACCUGAUGGAUCAAGAACAAGUAAGAUUCACUAUCGUGAGGAUGAGGAUCCAGAUGAAGGCAGGAGAAGUAGCAAGCAGUCAGCAGUUUCUAUAGAUGAGGCGGAAUUGUCUGAAAUGUUUGAUAAGGUUUUGCUAUGCCAUAACCCGGGGCAUAAUUGUAGCAUCAAUGAAGACUCUAAGAAGAGCUUACCAUCACCGGCUAGCCAACCACAGGGACCAGAGGUAGGGAAGGGUCGUCCUAGGAAACAGGGUAAUACAAAGAGUACAGUGGAUCUAAGGACUUUGUUAACACUCUGUGCGCAAUCUACUGCAUCAGAUGACCGUAGAACGGCUGAUGAAUUGCUGAAGCAGAUUAGGGAGCACUCUUCUGCCGGAGGGGAUGGAUCGCAAAGGUUGGCCCAUUAUUUUGCUAAUGCUCUCGAGGCCCGCUUGGCUGGAACUGGGUCACAGAUCUAUACCGCCCUCAGUUCCAUGAAGACAUCAGCUGCUGAUAUGUUAAAAGCAUAUCAGUUCUUCAUUCGCACAUGUCCGUUGAAGAAGAUCUCUAUUGGGUUUGCUAACCACACAAUCAUCAAAGCAGCUGAAAAAGCUUCAAAGCUUCACAUCAUAGAUUUUGGCAUCCUCUAUGGUUUUCAAUGGCCUGCUCUUAUUCAAGGCCUGUCACAUAGAGAUGGUGGCCCCCCCAAACUGUGUAUUACUGGGAUUGACCUUCCCCAGCCUGGAUUUCGUCCAGCCGAAAGAGUUGAGGCAACAGGACGUCGCUUGGCCAAGUAUUGUGAACGGUUUAAUGUGCCGUUUAAGUAUCAUGCAGUUGCACAAAAAUGGGAAACAAUUAGAGUUGAGGACUUGAAGAUAGAAAGUGAUGAGGUUGUCGCAGUUAACUGCCUAUAUCGGUUCAAGAACCUCCUUGAUGAGACAAUAGUGGUUGAUAGUCCGAGGAGUGCAGUUCUGAACUUGGUGAGGAAUGUAAAGCCUAAUGUCUUUGUGCAUGGUGUUGUGAACGGGUCCUACAAUGCUCCUUUUUUUGUCACGCGUUUCAGAGAGGCUCUGUUUCAUUUCUCCACCCUAUUUGAUAUGUUUGAUACCAAUGCCUCCCGGGAGGAUCCAGAGAGAUUGAUGUUUGAGAAGGAAUUUUAUGGCCGAGAGAUCAUGAAUGUUGUGGCUUGUGAGGGCACAGAGAGAGUUGAAAGGCCAGAGACAUACAAGCAGUGGCAGGCCAGGAAUAUCAGGGUGGGAUUUAGGCAGAUGCCGUUAGAUCAGGAGCUCAUCAACAUGCUAAGGUGCAAGGUUAAGGGACAUUAUCACCGAGACUUUGUUAUUGAUGUUGAUGGGCAGUGGACAUUGCACGGAUGGAAGGGGCGGAUAACCCAUGUCAUCACUGCAUGGGUUCCAGCCUAGGUCUUUUCAGAGCUUAAUCCAGAACACCUCAUGGAUGAAAAACUACAGAUGAUACUUGGGUGUGGCUGCAAGUUGUCAGUGUUAAGAAGGCUUAGUUUAGUAGGAAUGAGUUGGGUGUAGCUAAUUCGCGGAAACUUGAAAUUUUGCUGGUAUCAGAAAAGCUCGACGUGAUGACAACCAAGCAUUGUGAACUUGCUGCAGCCCAAUCAAUCAUAUGACACUGCUCAACUCUGGGAUGUAGAUAUCAUAGAUUCAUAGCACGAACUUUGCAGAUUAUUUCUUUUUGUGAGCUUUCAUAUGUUAGAUUUGUAUUGUAAUUUUAAUACUAAAUUGCUAGACCUUAGGUGUUGGUCUUGUUAUUAGCUUUUAGAACAGGCGAAGUAGAGCAGUACUUGAUUAUGUUGUAAUUUUUUGCUAGUAGCAAAUACAGAUAAUUCGAUCAAUGAAGUAUUGUAUACUAAUUUCGUACAA